AUGCAAUACUCAUCAGUCAUCCUCCUUGCGGCUUUCGCUGCCACUAAUGUCUUCGCACACGGUGUCAUUGACUCCGUUGUCGGUGCUAACGGUGUGACCAUGCCAGGUCUCUCCGUUGCGGAUGGAACUCCUCGUGAUUGCGCUUCCCCAGCAUGCGGCUCUGAGGCCGAUACCUCCAUCAUCCGCCAAAACGAGAUUGGCACCAGCAAGGCCACCGCUCUCGGCCGGACCAACGGUGGUGGACCAGUCGACGCCGCCAAGAUGGUGGCCCUCUUCAUGGGCGCCGCUGGCAACGCAACUGAAGCCAAGAUGGCCCGCGAGGUCCACGCCGCCAACGUCCUCCGCCGCUCCCUCGGUGAGCGUGCGGCCAACGGAGGAACCAAGACCCCCUCCGGCACCAAGGAGACCGCCGUCAAGGCCGCAGCAGGUGUCGGAGCCACCUCGGGCAUGCCCACCACCGCGGACGACGGAACCGUCAAGAUGACCUUCCACCAAGUCAACCAGGACGGUGCCGGACCCCUGACCGCCAUGGUCGACGCCACUUCCGGUGGAACCGACCCGAGUGCCUUCAAGACCGCAACCGUCACCCAGAACGUCCCGGGUAUCGGCAUCGGCGGUCUCUCCGCUGCCCAGACCAUGGACUUCCCCGUCGCCAUCCAGAUGCCAGCGGGCAUGACCUGCUCCGGCUCCGUCGGCGGCGCCUCGGGCGUCUGCGUUGCCAAGCUCCAGAACUCUGCCCUUGCCGGCCCCUUCGGUGGCUCCGUCGCCUUCACACAAUCCGCUGCCGCCAAGAAGCGCGCGGUCGAGUACAACCUCAGCAAGCGCCGCUUCGCCCGCGCGCUUGCCAGCGACAACGAGUAA